AUGGUGAUUCAACAAUUCGAUAGGGUGGGUGUCGACAGAGGCCGUCGUCGGCGUCUUCUUCCUACUUUUGGUCCGAUCGACGGCAAACCCAAUUGGGGAAGGGGAGGGUGGUUCUGUGGUGGUGUUGGAUCGAAGCAGCAAAAUGGAAGAAUCGACGGGACAGUGACGCAUCGGAGGAGCGUCGCCGACGCUCAGAUUGGGCGGAUGAAGGAGAAGGAAACGAAAGCAAUAGGGUGGCUCGGUGUGGCUAUUGUCUACAGCAGUUUUGGCGAGGCACCUCCGGAGCUGGGUUGGACCAAAGGAAAGACAAGGAACGUAGCAGUGAAACGGUUCUUCUUCUACUCCAGCCCUGAGGUGCGAAGGGGAAGGAGGCCAGGAGAAAGGUUCGGUGGAGUUUGCUCGAUUGGAGAAGUGCGAGGCUUCGAUGAUCGUAGCAGUCCCGUGUUUCUUCCGGAGGUAUGGAAGGACCAACAGGAGAAGGAGAAGUCUUUGAGAGUGAUUUUGGUCGAGGGAUGAGCAAAGGAACUGACGUGGUUAGAACCGGCCCGAACCGGACCCGAUCCGGGAACCGAAGUCGGCAGAAAUUAAGAACCGAACCGGAGCGCCGGUUCUAACGGUUCCCGGUUCCUACCGGUUCUUGCCAUGUCUUAAAUGUUGGAACCGAUCUUCGAGAAAUAACACGGUUCUAAAAAUCCAUAAGAAUAUCGUCCCGGUCCCGGCCCGAUCGGUUCUAUCCGGUUCCGGUAUCUGUUCCGGCCGGUUCCCCGAUCCAAAUGCUCAUCUCUAAUAUUAUGUGUAUAAUUUGUGUAUUGAUUUGUACAUUUGAUUCAAUGGGUAUGUAUUUGGUUGAAGUUGGGUAUUGCUA